GACUGCAGGCCCGGAUCCGAACUUACAAUCAGUUCCACAACAUGCUACGGGGCGCAGGGAGCCGGCGGCUCUACAUCCUCUUACCAUUGGACUGUGGGGUGCCUGACGACCUGAGUGUGGCUGACCCCAACAUUCGCUUCCUGGAUGUGCUGCCUCAGCAGAGCACUGACCGUGCUGGCAUCAAGGGUCGGGUUUAUACCAACAGCAUCUAUGAGCUUCUGGAGAACGGGCAGCCGGCAGGCACCUGUGUCCUGGAGUAUGCUACCCCCUUGCAGACCCUGUUUGCCAUGUCACAUGAUGGCCGAGCUGGCUUUACCCGGGAGGAUCGGCUUGAACAGGCCAAACUCUUCUGCCGGACACUUGAGGACAUCCUGGCAGAUGCCCCUGAGUCUCAGAACAAUUGCCGCCUCAUUGUCUACCAGGAACCUGCAGAGGGAGGCAGCUUCUCACUGUCACAGGAGGUUCUCCAGCACCUGCGGCAGGAGGAAAGGGAAGAGCUUACUGUGUGCAGCUCGGGGACCUCAGUGGUGCCCGAUUCCUCCGUGCUGUCCCAAGAGCCCAAGCUCCUCAUCAGUGGCAUGGAACAGCCUCUCCCACUCCGCACGGACAUCUUCUGAGGCCCAGGAUCACCUUGUCUGAGUCUCCAGCUCAAGACUCUGGAUGGAGGCUUUCUUAUGUCCAGCAGAUCCAUUUUCUCCCACAAUGGGCCUCAUAGAGAAGGGCCCUUAACUUGACCUUGGGCAAGUUGUUUCACCUCUCUGAGCCUCAGUAUCCUCAUCUAUGAAAUGGGAUUAUAAUCAUUGCCCUACCUACCUCACAGGGUGGUUGUGAGGACUGUGUGGAAGUUUUUUAUAAACUCUAAAAGUCAGGUAAACUUAAGGAUGUGCCAGGUGUCUUCCAUUGGACCCUCCAGACCUACUCUCCGCCCUUCUCCACCUCAUCUGCCCUGGGACGCUGACCAGUCUGAGCACUAUCAACAGGCUCCCUUGCCCUCUGGUCAUGUUUGGUCAAUAGGGAGCCCAGCAGGGGAAUGGAGGGAGUAGAAGGGUGAGGUUGGGGUACUUACUCCCCUGGCUCCCUCCCUGCAGUGUAGAAGUUACUGUGGUCUCUCCUGCCAGGCAACCUUCUGGGUUCCCUGGCUAUCUCCAGGUUUCUGGAACUGUUCUCUCCCCUUGUCUCUUCAAGCCUAGCAAUGGUAUUGGCUCCCCGCUGGAAGACUUACUCUCACUUGUGGGUUUCUUAUACCCUCCCCUUUCUCAAUAGUCCCUUUUAAAAACACUCUUCGGAUUA